AUGGUUCUUGAUUCACCAUCCGGGCGCGAAGACAGUACUGAACAUUUCACUACUACAAAUAUUUCCACAUGGCAGUGUCGUGUGUUGCCGCACUUCUCGAGCGACGGUAAAUACUUGGCGACGGGUAGCAACUGGCAUGCACAAAUAUCCGACGUAGCGACCCAGGAAAAAGUUUGCAUUCUGAAACAUGGCCUGGAAAACCAACUAGGUGAUAACUACGUUCGUGGAGUACGCUUCAGUCCUGAUGGUCAAUAUCUGGCAACGGCGUCCGAGGAUAAGACAAUCAAUGACAUUGCAAGCAAGCGUAUUCGCGCUACAUAUGUUGCCCACCAAUCAGAAGUUGCCCUAGACUACUCUGCAGACGGUUGUAUCCUUGCAUCAGCGUCCAGAGACGCCACAGUUUGUAUCUGGAACUGUGACAGCGCGGAAUCGAAAGUUUUCAGAGACCCGGAUAAUUCUGAUGCUCAGUCGGGCUACACAUGCGUUGCCAUCUCGCCCAACGGUAGCUGGGUCUCGGCAAGAAGCCUAGAUGGCACGGUGAGAAAAUGGGACAUCAUGAACGGCCAGCUGGUGCUCAGCCUUUGUGGUCACCAAGACAGCGUUUAUAACUUAACAUAUCAGGACAAUGGAAAUGCUCUAGUGAGCGCAAGCCUGGACAAAACACUCAAACGCUGGGAUAUCAGCUGGUUAAACACUGCCUCUACAGUUGUCCCAUCCUUGCCGGGGUCCAUUCCUUGCGUAAAAACUCUGACAGGCCAUGACUACGUGCUCAGCUCUGCAAAAUCCAAAGAUGAUCGGUGA